AUGGGCCAACCAAAAAGUAAUAGUAAUAAUAUCGAUAAACCCACCACCAACAACCCUGCAUUGGCAGCGGCCGAAAAGAAAUACCAGCGCGGCAAACCAGUUCCGUUCAAAAGAGUCAGAAGUGGAAAACUUCGAGGAAAAUUAGAACGACAAGAAGAAAAAAUUCGCGAUGCAGUGCAAUCGGCUGCAAGAGCCGAGUUGCUGCUUGGUGAAGAGGCCGGUUUUCUGGAAUCCGAGGGAAUCGAAAAGACAUACAACUAUAGACAGGAGCAGCUGUCAAAGGAAGUGGACAUCAAUACCUCACAAAAGAUCUUCUCACUCGAUUUACCCGAUCAUGGACCCUACAACGUCGAUUAUACUCGUAACGGCAGACAUUUGCUUAUUGGUGGUAAAACUGGUCAUUUGGCUGCAUUUGACUGGCAAAGUGGCAAGCUGCACUUUGAGGUCCAUGUCAAUGAAGCUGUGCGCGACGUCAAAUGGCUUCAUAACGAAACUAUGUUUGCUGCAGCACAAAAGCAACACGUUUUCAUUUACGACAACAGCGGUUUGGAAAUUCAUCGGUUAAAAAAGCACAGCGAUGUCAACAAGCUCGAAUUCUUGCCGUAUCACUAUCUGCUUGCUUCUGUUGGCAACGCAGGUUAUCUUAAAUACCAGGAUACAUCUACGGGCCAAUUAGUUUCUGAAUUACGAACAAAGCUUGGUUCUUGUGGCACCAUGGCACAAAACCCCUGGAACGCAAUUAUACAUUUGGGCCAUGCAAACGGUGCUGUCACAUUAUGGUCCCCCAAUAUGUCCAGUCCAGUGGUUAAAAUGCAAUGUCAUCGAGGCAACGUGCAGGCACUAGCAAUCGAUCCUACAGGCCGAUACAUGUCUACGGCAGGUUUAGACGGUCAGUUAAAGAUCUGGGAUGUCCGAAAAUACGAAGUUUUACAAGAAUAUUACACACCACGACCGGCAACGUCAUUAUCUAUAUCUCAGCGAGGAUUAUUGGGUGUUGGUUGGAGUACACAUGUGUCUGUAUGGAAAGACGCAUUUUUGACCAAACAAAAUUCACCCUACAUGAACCAUAUCCAACCAUCAUCAGCCAUCCGUGACAUACAAUUUGUUCCAUACGAAGAUGUACUCGGUUUUGGUCACGCUAAGGGUGUUUCCAGUAUUGUCGUGCCUGGUGCUGGUGAACCCAACUUUGACACGCUUGCUGCUAACCCAUACCAGACCAAGAAACAACGACAAGAGGCUGAAGUGCACGGUCUAUUGGAUAAAUUGCAGCCAGACAUGAUCACAUUGGAUCCUACGAACAUUGGUCGAUUGACGCGCAUGUCUAAGGAGGAAGUUAUGCGUGUGCGCAAGAGCGAAAAGGAAGAAGAUGAGGCUACUCGAUACGAGAAGCUGCGGAAAAGAACGAAGAAACACCUUAAGCGUCAUGAAAAUGUUAUUGAAGCCCGAAAGAUUGAAAUUAGCGAAAAGUUCGAGCAGGAGAAGCAAAAACGCAUUGCAGCAAAAGAAAAACCAAAGCCAUUUACAGCAUUGGACAUAUUCAAAUAAACUUGCAGCAUACACUUUCCUCAUCCAAUGUUUUAUAGACGCUGUCUAUCCAGUGAAGAAAAGUGUUUAUGAUAGAGAUAGACCUAGCUCAGAUUGGAGUAGUUUUACUUUUAUAAGUAAUGGGAGACCAGAAUAUGUAGCGAAACUUCACAUGUAUGCCCUUCUUCUGCAAAGGUUGACUAACAUGUAGGGGGAACUAUCAAUCUUGGACGAUGGGACACCUUGGAUCUUGUAACAUGCGUCAACACCACCAAGAGCU